ACCUUUUCGUACCAAUCACGCACGGUCGCUUCCAAGCUGAGCAGCAGCUCCGGUUGCGGUGGGCAGCCAAACUCUGGAGGCAACGCGCGCGAACGAAGCAACCCGCACCGACCGGCACGCACGGCCCGAGCCCGACGGUUUUGCCGCCACCUUUCCCCUCCUCUGCCGCGAGCCCGGCGGGAGCAGAGCACCGCACCGCAUCUUCCACCGCCCCACCCCGCUCUCGGCAGAUCCCGAGCAUUUCCCGCGUCCAUCCCGACGCGAUCCCAAGGCCGAGGUCAACCCCCCCCACCCCUCCCCCCAGCGCGCCUUAAGCAUUGCCGCGCCACGGCGCCGUCGCAGCAGCAGCAGAUCCACCACCGACGCGCACCGAGACGCAGAGCCCUGGAUCCCGCGGAGCAGGAGGCGGUCAAGCCGUCGCCCCCGCCCGCCGGCCGCAUCCGCUACCGCACGUCCUCAUCCCCCGACCUCCUCCUGCCCACCGACGCCAGGAUGCGUCGCUACUCCGCGCUGCCAAACGGGCGCCCGGAAACGCUCGCCGACCGUGUCCACCGCUACCGCGGCGUGCUGCUCGUCGUCCUUGCGCCGCUCGCACUCGUGUCCCUCGUGCUCCUCCUCAUGCCGCGCUCUCCCGCGGCCUCCGCCAGCGGGAGGAGGGUGGGGCCCUUGAGCGGCCCCGCCGCGGGGCCGAAGAAGUACGCCGUCAUAUUCGACGCCGGGAGCUCCGGGAGCCGCGUCCACGUCUUCUGCUUCGACGGCAACCUGGAUCUGGUGCACAUUGGCACCGAGAUCGAGCUCUUCGUCCAGAAAAAACCGGGACUUAGCGCGUAUGCCAACGACCCGCGGGAGGCUGCCGAGUCGCUCGUUUCCCUACUUGAUGACGCCAAACGAGUGGUUCCCGCGGAAUUGCGCGACCAAACACCUGUCAGAGUCGGGGCCACCGCGGGGCUGAGAAAUUUGGGAGCAGAAAAGUCCGAGCAGAUCUUGCAAGCGGUUAGGGAUCUUCUUCGCGAAAAGAGUUCCUUCAAAACCCAACCGGAUUGGACUGCAGUUCUUGAUGGAUCUCAGGAAGGAGCAUACGAGUGGGUUACUAUCAAUUAUCUGUUGGGAAAAUUGGGAAAGACUUACGCAGACACAGUUGGAGUGGUCGAUCUUGGUGGUGGAUCUGUCCAAAUGGCAUAUGCUAUCCCAGAGAAGGACGCAGAAAAGGCUCCUAAGCCAUCCGAUGGCGAAGAUUCAUAUGUGAAAAAGCUCUUCCUCAAAGGAACCACAUAUUAUCUAUAUGUUCACAGCUAUUUGCAUUAUGGAUUGCUGGCUGCUAGAGCAGAGAUCUUAAAAGCUGGCAAUGGGAAUGGUUACAGCAACUGUAUGGCUAAGGGAUAUCAAGGGCAAUACAAAUAUAAUGGUGACACAUUUGAAGCAUCUGCUUCACCUUCCGGUGCGAGUUAUUCAAAAUGCAAGGAUGAUGCAGUGAAAGCUCUUAAAGUUGAUGAAGCAUGUACGCACAUGAAAUGUUCUUUUGGUGGUAUUUGGAAUGGUGGUGGUGGUGCUGGACAGAAGAAUCUCUUUGUAGCAUCGUUUUUCUUUGAUAGGGCUGCUGAGGCUGGAUUUGUAAACCCCAAGGCAGCUGUGGCUAAGGUUAAACCCUGGGACUUCGAACAAGCUGCCCAGCGUGCUUGUAAGUUAAGCGCAAAGGAUGCCGAAACUGCAUACCCCGGUGUCCAAAAGGAUAACAUUCCAUACAUCUGCAUGGAUCUCGUUUAUCAGUACACAUUACUUGUGGAUGGAUUUGGCGUUGAUCCAAACCAUGAGAUGACAUUGGUAAAGAAGGUCCCUUACAGCGAUGCAUAUGUCGAAGCAGCGUGGCCACUUGGUAGUGCCAUUGAGGUUGCAUCUUCAUCCUAGGCAGUAGCAGUUGCGAACAUCAGAAAUUCAGAAGGCGUUGUCAUCAUGAAGUUUUGGGUUGAGAGGUUUUGACUUGAUCGGUGCUGCGCUUGCCUGAAGCAGCCGUUUUGUUACUCAGCAGUUCAUUUAGCCUCCUGUACGGUAGCUUUACACACAAGGGUUACAUUUUCGUACUUCACCCACGGCCAUUGUAAGGCCUAUUUUUUGUGCUUAUGCAAGUAUGAUGAGAGCUAGCCAUUCUUUUGACUUGUACAAGGAUGUGCAUAAUAUAUGUACAUCAUUCGUUCACUGCAAAUGCAUACACGUAUUUUUCAUUGA